AUGCGUUCGAUUCAGCCGAUUGCCUCUAUGGCGCUGCGUCAAGCGGCUAAGCUCCCUGUGCCGAUGGUAGGCAUGAUGACGCCUUCGCUGGCCUCUGCGCGCAUCUCUGGGCCGUCUGCCAUGCCUGUCCGUGCGCUUUCGAUGACGGCGUCGCUCCGCAGGGAUGACUCGUGGGUCAAGCGUGGCACUGUGUUGUACGACGAGCUGAAGCCGUACACUGAGGCGCCGUCAGGUAAGAUUACCAUUAUCGACGUGCGUGAGCCGAACGAGGUCGCGCAGGGCAUGAUCCCUGCAGCUGUGAAUGUGCCGCUGUCAGAGUUUUCUGACGCUUUUGACCCGAACAGCCAAGCGUCCCCUGCCUCGGACUUUGAGCGUCGCUACUCAUUCCGACGCCCUGCGUUUGAUGACUCCAUUGUGUUCUAUUGCCGCAGUGGCCGCCGCAGUCAGCAGGCCCUCGAGACAGCACAGCAGCGUGGCUGGUGGAACGUUCGCAACUACCAGGGUUCAUGGAUCGACUGGGUCGAGCAUGAAAAAGACCAGCCCAAGAAGGAGGAGGAUUAA